AUGAUCUCUCGCCUGCAAGAAGAGGCCGAGGAGGUCUUUGAUCCCAAGGUACAUCUGGCGUGUGAGCUUCCGACAAAGUCUUUUACUUUCGAAGAUCUGAAUCUACAACCCUCUGCCACAAGCGCAAAGAUUGCUGCUACCCUACCAUUUCCCAUCCUUUCAGCAGAGGGAGUCCGCGCCUACAGACGGUCCUUGUUCACAACAAAGGUGCUUCACAACUGCGCUGGGACCCCUGGCCCUGGGGCCCUGACUCUUCGCAAUGCCGCGGAAUACUCUAAAUUCAUCAAACAAUUCUGGACACACCCCGAGACUAUCCGACUGUUGUCUGAGGCAGCCGGGGUGCCCCUUCGCAUCGUGAUGCCGACCGAGAUUGGCCACACAAAUAUCCAGACCAAGGGCGGUACUAUUGGAGAAAUGGUCUCCGAGCUCAGCGUCGAACCACAAACCACAAAGGUGCCUUUGACAGACGAGGAUCGUGCUUACGACCCUCUGAAGACCUCUACGAUAAUUCCCUGGCAUUACGACUCCUACCCGUACGUGUGUGUCAUCAUGCUCAGCGACACAGAAGGCAUGCUCGGCGGAGAGACAUACAUCAAGACCGGCGACGGUGUGCCCAUGAAGGUAGUCGAAGGUCCAACUCUAGGCCACGGCGUGAUUCUACAGGGUGGCCAAGUCCAGCAUCUCGCUGCUCGCGGCAUCGGUGUCACGGAACGCAUCUCCACCAUCACGUCCUUCUGCGCAGACGUGCCCGGGGUGUACGACUCGAGCCACAUCACCAACGUCCGCGUGUACUCCGACCGGCCCGUGCUGUACAGGCAGUGGACGCAGUACCGCCUCGAGAAGAUGAAACGCGAGAUUGACACGUUACUCGACGAGAUCUCGACCGCCCCGACGCUCUACGACGUGCAGCGCGUCCACGACUUCGCGGCCGACCAGGUGGAGUACCUCAAGCGGACGGCGCACCAGCUGAUUCCGCACGACGACGUCGCGGCCGUGGUCGGCACCUUUGGCGAGCGAGCCGUCCGCGAAGCGUCGAAGACGUGGGAGCGGGCCGAGGCGCAAGCGGACUUUCACGAGCGGGCUGCCUCCGUGACGCCGAGCACCUGGAUGCCCGACAGCGAUCUGUGGAUCGACCUCGCGGGCACGAGGACGGCCAUUGAAGCCGGCAAGACGCUCGAGUCGCAGCACGGGAGGUUCAGGUGGACGAAAGACCGCCCGUUCUGCAUGGGCGAUGAAUUGCUCCGGCAGGGUCUGCCCGAGCUGUUCCUGUCGUGGCUGCAUGCAACCGGCUUACACGGCAAGGCGGGGGAAGCGUGA